CGACAACGUGCUUGAGAGAGAGAGAAUCUUACCCUUAACUUGACCCCACCACUCAGACUGGCGCUCCUUUUGUUGACCAACUCGCUCGUGCACUAGACCUCGCCCUGAAUAGUUACUACAUACAGAAUACAACAUGUCUCUAUGCGCACGGUCUUCGAGCACAGCGUUCAACAGGCUCCCAAUCGAGCUCAACAAGGCCAUAGCUCAAUAUCUAGAUACAGACAAGGAUAUUGUAUCCUUCCGCUUAGUCUGCCGGGGCACCAACGAUGCUAUCGAUGCCGACUAUGGUUCUUUCUGGCGCUACAUGUUCCGCGAGAAGUAUGCCUUUAAAGAGGGUCCGACCAACAAGGAGUUGAGGAGAGCGUACCAGCGGCGCAGCAAGAUGCUUCGACGAGGCACGGGCUACGAUUUCUUUCGAGGAUACAAGAAGCGUGAGCAGGAUGUCAUCGAGGUGCUCAGGGAUCUGAUAGUUGAAUCCUUCCAGGGUCUCGUUGAUGAGGAUGGGUAUGGUCGACCUCGAUGCAAGAACCAGGAUCGCCUGCUGGGGUUCAUCUUGAACUCCAAGAUACUCCUAAACGACCGCCGCGCACCAGAUGUACGAACGAGAUCGGAGACGCUCGAAAAGAAGGAGAUCAACCCUAUGCUUGCUGCUGUCAAGAUCAUGUGCUCUUCUCUCUUGUUCGGAUACGAAGGCCUUAAGUACCACGUGUUCGCUAUCGAACAACUGCAGCGCGCUGCAUACGCCGCGACAAACAAAGCCCCCAUAUACGAAGGCCUAAACCAAACCGAGAUCAACAUGGAAUGGGUCAUGAAAUGUCUCGACUUCUUCCGCUAUCACAUGAUGAACACGGAGACGGUGACUCUGGGCGAUGCUAUGGAGGAUCUGUCUGUUUUGCAGAAGCCAACAGCCUGGCAACAGUCACUGAAGAACGGUACUGUUCCACUUAGCAGACACUGGAAGGGCACAUACUCGUUCCUGGAUCCUAAUGAACAGCGCAAGCUUCGAUGUCUGUCUGAUGACGACGACAGUGACGUGUACUUCAGCGACAAGAAUAUCGACGAGGGCAAAAUUCAGUCUCUCGAGCUCAACUUCGAUCCAGAACGCCAACUAAAGUGGCCGAAAUUGUUCGAAGAACGCCUGAACUCACUGCGCGGGGCUAAUGAGUCGGACCUCCCCUCCAAAAUACAAGGCCGCAGCAAGCCAAAGAACCUCUCAAAGACCAAUCUGCAGUUCACGGGUACCGGUAUGGAUCUUGAAGAUGAUUUCCAGGCCAUAGGAUGGCUCAACGCCCUGCCAGAUCAGUGUGGCAUACCAGGUUGGCAACGUAUCACGUUCAUGAAGCACUUCGCCGAAGAUCUUGACGACGUCGACUCUGACAACCUCUGGGCUUAUGAGGGCGUUGUUCUGCCGGGAGGUCGCAUCAUCGUUGGCCGUUGGUGGUUUGCAUCGGAGGCGGUCGAUUUCAACCGCGAUUAUAACGGGCCCUUCAUCUUAUGGGCUUCCGAGCCUGAUGAGUUCGACAGCACUUUCGGCAGCGACUCAAACGAGUAGGA